AUGUGGGAAAUCCUGCGGAGGGCGAUCACGGGCUGGGGCAAGUGCAGGGUAGAUCGCAAGGUAUCCGCCUCAGGUGUUGCAGAAGGUAGCUGGUCAUCGGAGCCCGCUGACGGUAAACAUUUCGAGAAGAGCCGCAGAGGAAUCACCGGCGUGUCCGUCGAGACUGCACUGCUGCUGCUGUGCGGACUGACAGGUCUGCUGCAUUAUGUUCGGCCACAUCUUUUCCUAGAGAACAGAAGCAAAGAUGGGAAAGUACCUACACUGUGUGUGCUUUUAGUGCAGGAGUUCCUCUUCAGUGGUGUGGAUGAGGGAGACAUGGCAGACCACACCUCACCUUUGGAGUCCGGCCAGCUUCCCAGCCCUGAACUUCCAAUUCUGGCCUCGCCACCCCCAACCAUGGUCAACGGGGAGGGCCCACAGCAGGUAAUCCUGGUGCAGGUAAACCCAGGGGAGUCCUUCACUAUUCGGCGAGAGGACGGUCAAUUUCAGUGUAUCACAGGUCCUGCUCAGGUUCCCAUGAUGUCUCCAAAUGGUUCAGUGCCUCCAAUCUAUGUGCCUCCUGGAUACGUUUCGCAGAUCAUAGAAGAGAACGGAGUGCGGCGGGUUCUGGUUCUACCUCAGCAGCCAGAGUUCCACCCAGUGGGCCACUCCACUCUCCACCACGCCCACCUGCCUGCCUUCAUCCCACACCCUGCCAUGAUGCCCCACCUGUACACGGGCAUGGCGGGGGGCGUGGGCGACAUGAGCGCUCAGUACAUCUCCCAGUACCAUCCAGCUCAUAUCUACUCGGAGCAGGUCUCUCCAGAUUCUCACUCCCAUCACGGACGCCUGCCGUUUGUUCACAGAGACGACAGAACUAGCAAAACAUAUGAGCGUCUGCAGAAGAAACUGAAAGACCGUCAGGGAGGAGGUGGUGGAGGAGUGGGGGUGCAGCUGAAGGACAGCCCUCCCCCUUCACCACAGAAGACCUGCAGCAGCCUCCCGACAGUGGACAUUCACAACGGUGUAGGAGUGACGGGGCUGGAGGCGGAGCAGAGGCAGCUCGGCCUCGCGGCGGCCGGCCCCGACAAGCAGACAGGCCGGGGCAAACAUGGAGAGUCCGGAGAGCUGGAUGAGGAAGCUCAAGCCCUGCAAGCAUUGUGGAGUACCAUCAGUACCCCAGUGGUAUCAGACAUCCAGGCCAGAAGAGCAGUAGCGAGCUGGGUCGCACCCACCAGGCCAGAGAGGGAGAACGGAAGUGUGGAGGACGACCGGAGCCCCCCGGUGCCCUCCAGCUACGAGGUCUCCAUUUCAUUUAGCGGCAAAGAUGGAAAGUACAAGAGCGUGUACUGCGGGGAAGAACUAAGUGCUACUUUGGAAGACCUUCGACCAGCAACGGAGUAUCAAGUCAGGGUCCAGGCCAUGUGUAACCGUUUACAGGGAAACCCGUCCGAGGCUGUGAGCUUCACCACUUUAAGCUGUGAGCCGGAUCCGCCCAACACUCCCAGGAAGGCCAGUGGGACCAAGAACACACUGGUACUCCAGUGGAAGGCUCCAUGUGACAAUGGUUCCAAAAUCCAAAACUACAUUCUUCAGUGGGAUGAGGGUAAGGGCACCGGGAUCUAUGAACAGUGCUACGAGGGACUUCAGAAGCAGUACAGAGUGGCCAAGCUUUCACCAGCUUCAAGAUACUCCUUCCGUAUUUCAGCUAAAAAUGGCAUGGGUGUAAGCGAGUUCAGUGAAGUGGUGGACCUGUUCACCUCAUGCAGUGUGCCAUUGCCACCCUUCCCUCCAGAGCUGGAGAUGGCGGGGGUGACCUGGCUGUGUAUGAAGUGGCAGAGACCCACUAGCUCCCCCAAAGAGGAUGACAUCUACUAUAUUUUGGAGAUGGAGGAGGAAGGCUCGGGAUAUGGCUUCCAGCCAAGCUACGACGGGGAUGAGCUCUCCUUCACCAUCAGGAAUCUCCACAGGAGCACCAAGUACAAAUUCAGGGUGGCAGCAUAUAACUCGGAGGGGAAGAGUAACCCCAGCCAGGUGGUUGAGUUCAUCACCAACCCUGACAGACCCAGCAGUCCCUGCAGGCCUGUCAUCAGAGAAGUCCUGCCCAUCAGCUUCAAGAUGGCCUGGGAACCCCCAAAAGACAAUGGUGGAGCAGAAGUCACAAAGUAUGUUGUGGAGCUGUCUGAGGGCUUAAGCGGCUUGUCAUGGGAGCUGGUGUACUCGGGGCCGGCCGUGGAGCACGUGUGUGAAGGCUUGAAGCCUGGCUGCUCUUACCAGACGCGGGUUUACUGCAUGAGCGAGGGGGGGCAGAGCCCGCUGUCAGAGACCCUGCAGGUCCAGACCGUUGCAGUGCCCCCAGGGACCUGCCAGCCCCCUCGGCUGGUGGGCAAGACCAAAGCCAGGGAGGUGCAGCUGCGCUGGGGUCCCCCUCAUGUCGACGGAGGCAGCCCUGUGACCUGCUACAUUGUAGAAGUGAGCAGUGGGCCGCAGUCUGAGGAGAGCAGGGAGGUUCACCAGGGUCCGGAGCUGGACUGCUAUGUGGGCGGCUUAAUGCCUGGCAAAACCUACAGCUUCCGGCUCAAGGCAUCGAACAAGGCUGGGUUUGGACCUUUAUCGGAGCGCUGUGAGGUUACAACCGGCCCCGGGGCCCCUGAGCAGUGCAAGGCUCCCUCCACCACAUGCAAAUCCCCCAGCUGUGUUGUUGUGAGCUGGGAGGCUCCUCCUUGCAACGGAGCGCCGGUGACAGAGCUUCGUCUGGAGUGGGGAGCUGCCGAGGGCAGCAUGCAGGUGUGUUACAGUGGACCAGGGCUCAGCCAUGAGAUGAAGGGGCUGCUGCCGGCAACCAAUUACUUCUGCAGGAUACAGGCUGUAAAUGUGGCGGGCGUGGCGCCCUUCAGCGACGCAGUGUUGUGCCAGACGCCCUGCUCCGUGCCUGCAGCCGUCAGCAACAUCUACGCGGUGAAGGAGUCUGCGCUGCGAAGGUAUGAGACCCCAGUAGAUGCAGAAGAAGAAGAGGAGGAGGAAGAAGAGGAGGAUGGCGAUUCCCAGCCGCCAUCUCUCUACUCGCCGUCCACCUGCCUGGGCAUCAGCUGGGAGCCCCCAUGUAACCACGGCUCUGAGAUCACUUCCUACCUGAUUGACCUCGGUGAGCGCCAGCCCCUCGUUGUUGGUCCCGUCACCAAGCGCAUCAUCCAGCAUCUGCAGCCUGACACCAGCUACAGGAUCCGAAUCCAAGCCCUGAACAGCCUGGGAGCAGGCCCCUUUAGUCACACCUUUAAGAUGAAGACGAAGCCCCUUCCCCCACAGCCACCCCGCCUGGAGUGCACCGCCUUCAGCCACCAGACCCUCAGGCUCAAGUGGGGCGAUGGCCCAGCCAAAGCCACCACCUCAGACGGCCUCCAGUAUCAGCUGCAGAUGGGGGACAAGAGCGGCAGAUUUAUCUCCUUGUAUAAAGGAACAUGCCACACACACAAAGUCCAGAGGCUUAAUGAGUCUACCUCUUACAUGUUCUGCAUCCAGGCCUUUAAUGAGGCGGGCGAAGGGCCGUUCUCCAAUGUUUACACAUUCACCACCCCACGCUCUCCUCCAGCCCCUGUGAAAGUCCCUAAAUUGGAGCGUCUGGACGACAAUUCCUGUGAAGUCACAUGGGAGGCCAUGUCGCCCAUGAAGGGGGACCCGAUCAAUUACACAUUGCAGUGCAUGAUGGGAAACUCUGAGUUUAAACAGGCCUACAAAGGCUCCGGCACAUCGUUCCAUGUCCAGAACCUGCAGCCCAACAGCGACUACCGCUUCAGGGUGUGCGCUAUCAGGCAGUCCCAGGACGCCCCUGAGCUGAGCGGGCCCUACAGCCCCACGGUGACCCUCUCACCCCAGCGGAAAGACAUGGCGGUGGGCGCCGGCUCGGGCUCCAGGGCCGGCGCGGAGUCCAACCGGGCCAGACGGAGCUUGACGGACGAGCAGUGCGCGUUCCUCCUCCUCAUGGUUUUCGCCGUCAUCGCCAUCCUCAUCGCUUUUGUCAUCCAGUACUUUGUCAUUAAAUAAGCAGUUUACACCACCCAGCUGCAGGGUUAUAGCUUUAUUCUUUCUCUCUUUAUGUUGUUUUGUUUUUACCGUUUUGUACCCCCCCCCCCCAGUAAUCGCGUUAGCUGCUUUGUGGUGCAGAGGAAGCGAGGGCUGGUGGAUGGCUGCUCAAUAGCAGUUAAUAAUUGAGCAUGUAACACCUUACUUGGUACCCGUGACUCCUCGUCACCCAGUCCCAACGUUGUGGUAUCAGUUGUUAGGUUCCGAUUUUUGUUUCAUCGUGAUCAGCUUCCCGCGCAAAACAAUGGGCAGGGAUGUGGUUUGUUUUGGUGAGGCGUUCGGGGGAGGGGCGCGUUGAUUACAUAUCAACAAGAACAUGAUAAAUACCGUAAUCAACAAGUACAUGAGUCGAAGCGUACCUCCCCGAUCGUCUCUCCAAAAUAAACAAACUAUAUGUGUAUAUAAAUAGUGGAUAUAGUAGACAUAGUCAUUAUUUAUAUUUCAAUAUAUGUAUCCAGUAUGAAACAAUUUUUGAUGGAUGUGUUCCAAAAAUAGUGUGCAGGCGAGUCUGUAGCCGAUGUGCGAUCUGAUCCUAGGACCUGGUGGGCCAGUGUUUGCACAGUGGGUGUGUGUCCAGGUGUGUGUCCAGGUGUGUGUACUGUGUGUGUGUACUCUGUGUGUCGUCAGUGCCACAGAGGCACACGGCUGGGAGGCUUCAGGCCGGGUCCAGAGCCCCUGAACCCCCGCUGGAGUUUAAGGGUUCGACUGCGAAGGAGAAACGGGAAUGAGAAUCCUGUUCACACUAUCGAGCAUUCAUUUAGCACUUUCCAAGCUUUUUGAUGUUCUGAAUGUUUAAGGAUGCAAAAAUGACUGGAGAAAUGUUCGUAUAUUUUUGUACAGUGACGACGCAAGGACCUGUAAGUUUUGUGGGGGGAAAUAAACUCGGUAUAAAGUAAGAAAACAAACAAAAAAACAAACCAACAGCGAAUUCUAAUUAUUUUUACUAUCAUAUAGUUAUACUGCUGCUUUACUCCGAAAUGUUGUUGUUCAGCACAAAAAAAAUUUAUGCUUAUCUGUAUGUUCUGUUUUAUUUAGUUUCCCCCCAGUAAUUGAUUUUGCACCUUAGAGAAAGAAAACCUUGACUGACUGCGUCUUGGUCUUGUGAUGCAUUUUAUAGAACACACGUUGAGAUUGUGCAACGCCUACUUGUCUUUUGGGUGUUUUUAAAAGUCGUAGUACCACAUGAAGUGUCACUGAAACAGCUGAUCUUCUCAGCGAAAAAAAAAAGAAAGUAUGUACCAGUUGUUUCAGAGGCCUUAAUUGGAGAGGGAAAAAAUCUCGGGAGAAUUUUCUUUAUUUCUCUUACGUUUUGUCGUUUGUUUUUCUUUUAGUCUAAACUUUCAAUGUGUUUUAUGUACUUUUAUUUGUGCAAAAAAAAUGUUGGGAUGUUAGUAAACAUACGUAAUCGGGGGAGAAAUGGAAAGUAGUAUAAUGUAUUGCUUGUGAUUUUCUUUUGAUUUCUUUCGUCUGGUCAUACAUGUGUGAAGUAUAUAUUUUUUUAUAAUAUUGUAGUAAUAUAAGUUAAUACUCUCCAGAGAAAAUAAUAAAUCCUGAGUACUCAUGAAUUAUGGAACGCAAAUGGCAAAUACAAAAUGUGUUAUAUCAUGUACUUCCUGUGAAUCUAAAUUUGCCUUUUCUCUGUGUUUAGUAUUUGUAACAGAUUUCUGACGCUGCGUGUCCAGUGGUGAUCUGGCCGUCGGGUCGAGUGUUGGUUGGUUUUGGGGCAGAUAACUGCUGUUGCAACUGUAACAAUGAAAUACAGGUACCUUGCUAAACACCUUGGAUAAUUACAUGAUUUGGUCCUCCAGGCUUUCUGCAGAUGUCUCCUCGUCCAUUUAAAGAAAUCAAAUUCCUAUUUUUGAUAGCGAUUGCAACGUGCCAUUUUAACGCCGCUCCAUCCUGGGCUUAUACCGUAGGUUGACGAGAUUAACAAAAUGAGUAAAAUAUGCACAAAGUUGGAGACCAUUUUUAUGUAAUUUGAAUGUUUGCAGUUACCUCAUACACCGUACAUUCCAAAAUGAAAAUUUGUUAUACUAUACAUACUACCAGACAUAUCACUUUAAAAUGUUUGUUAUGGGCAAAAUGUAUAAUCAUAGUUAUGUAUCUAAAGUGUAUCUGUAUAGCCAUGAUAUCUACAAAUGAUACAUGCACAAUAAAAGAUUUAUAAUUCUU